CUGUCUAGCCGCAGUAGUCCGCAGACAGUCAGUCAGUCAGUGGGACCGAACCGGGCUUUUUUGACGGUGGAAGUAUCCCAGCAGCCAGAGCCCAGGGGCGGCCGGUGGGAGGAGGCAGAGUCCGCAGCUGCCGCACCGCACAGCCUCUUUGAUACCCGCAAGAAGAAGGAGUCUCCCGCGUCAACCGAUGUCAACGGAGCUGUCUGAAGGCCGGCACCUCGACAGAUUAGGAGAGCAGGCAACAGACGAACAGACCAGACUGACAGACAUCUGCAGUGGCACAGCAGGCAGCAGAAUGGCGUCCAUAGCUGAGUACUACGCUGGCAAGAACGUGCUCAUCACAGGAGCCACAGGCUUCAUGGGAAAAGUGCUGGUGGAAAAGCUGCUGAGGUCUUGUCCCGAGGUCAAAGCCCUCUACCUCCUGGUCAGACCCAAAGCCGGGCAGUCCAUGCAGCAGAGAGUCAGCGACAUGAUGACGUGCAAGCUUUUCGACCGAGUGCGGGAGGACAACCCCGACUUCCACCAGAAGAUCAUCCCCAUUAGCAGCGAGCUGAUGCAGCCUGGCCUCGCCAUCAGCCCGGAGGAUGUGGAGAAACUCACCGGCUGCAUCAACGUUGUCUUCCACUGCGCUGCCACCAUCCGCUUCGACGAGCCACUCAAACACGCCCUGCAGCUGAACGUGAUCGCCACACAGCAGCUCGUCAGCCUGGCCAAGCAGAUGCACCACCUCGAGGCCUUCAUUCACAUCUCCACCGCCUAUGCAAACUGCAACCGCAAACACAUCGACGAGGUCAUCUACCCGCCACCUGUCGAGCCCAAGAAACUCAUCGAAUCUCUUGAGUGGAUGGACGAUGGCAUGGUGCGUGACAUCACACCGCGGCUCAUCGGCGACCGGCCCAACACAUACACCUACACCAAAGCCCUGGCCGAGUUCGUGGUGCAACAGGAGCAGGACAAGCUCAACAUCGCCAUCAUCAGACCCUCCAUAGUGGGAGCCAGCUGGCAGGAGCCUUUCCCUGGUUGGAUCGACAACUUCAACGGACCAAGUGGAGUCUUCAUAGCAGCUGGAAAGGGGAUCUUGCGCACCAUGAGGGCCAACAACGAUGCGGUGGCCGAUUUGAUCCCAGUAGACAUGGUUAUCAACCUCACCCUUGCUGCUGGCUGGUACACAGCUGUACACAGAAGGAAAACAGAAAAACAGAAAAAUAUAAGACCUAAAUCAGCUCUGGUGUACAACUGCACGACUGGAGGCAUCAACCCGUUCCACUGGGGAGAGAUUGAGCACCAUGUGAUGUCGUCCUUCAAGAGGAACCCACUGGAGCAGGCUUUCCGCAGACCCAACGCCAACAUCACCUCCAACUACCUGAUCAACCAGUACUGGAUCCUAGUCAGCCACAAGUUCCCUGCCCUCAUCUACGACCUCUUCCUGCGACUCUCUGGACAAAAGCCGCAGAUGAUGCGCAUCUUCAACCGUCUGCACAAGGCUAUCGGCCUGCUGGAGUAUUUCAGUAGUCAGGACUGGGAGUGGAACUCUGAGAACAUGAACAUGCUGAUGAGCCAGUUAACCCCAGAGGACAGGAAGACAUUCAACUUUGAUGUGCGCCAGCUGAACUGGCCUGAGUACAUCGAGAAUUACUGCAUUGGCACCAAGAAGUACGUCCUGAAUGAAGACAUGUCUGACAUUCCUGCUGCCAGGCAGCAUCUGAGGAAACUGAGGAACAUCCGCUACACCUUCAACACCCUGUUGGUCGUUUUCAUCUGGAGGGUGUUUAUCGCCCGCUCACAGAUGGCCAGAAACAUCUGGUACUUUGUGGUCAGCCUCUGUUUCAAGUUCCUCUCCUACUUCCGCGCAUCCAGCACCAUAACCAACUGAAUCUUUCUCACCACCUCAAGCCAGAGACGGCAGGACGUAACAUCUGAGACUCUGGCCAUCCACAAAGGACACUUUAAAUCCUCCUUUGAGUGUGGAUUAGCAAGGGGCUCUCUACAGGUGGGGGCUGCAGUUGAGUGAAGCACUCAGAAGGGAGAAAAAGAGAUCUACUAGCCAUGAAUUUUUUGUUUAGUUUAGAAAUCAUCAGUACCUGUACUGUUCAGUCACCAGAUCCCGUCCAAAAGUGUCGUCAUUUAUUUUGUAUCUACCUUUUUCUUCUCAAAGUGGCCAAUUAUAUAUGCAACAAUAAGCCUUUUGUGUGACUUCCAUUUUCUUCUCCACAUCAUUGUUCCCAUCCUCUUAAAUCUAGGUACAUUGCCUUGCCUUGUGAUAAUUUUUUUUCAUACUUGAAAUAUGGCAGUGCUUCAGUGAAGGACGAUUUCUAUAAGAUUAUUUUGGUUCUCUGUUUUUUACUGUGGGGAUAUCCUAUUCCUCCUUUAAUACGCAGGUGAUUUGGAUAUCUGUAUGUCUUGUAUGCAUUACGUGUAUCUACUGCCUUUUUAAGAAUACACCCAAACACUAAGCGGUGGUUAUUUGUCUCGAAGCCAAUCAACAGAUUUUUGAGACUAGUAUUAAAGCUAAAUUCUGACCACACAAGACAACAGUAUCCCAAAACAUACAGAUCUGCCAUCUUCCCUGCUGUUGAGGUUGUCACUUAUUUACUGUCACAUAUGAUAAUGUCAGUAUGUCUUUGAACAUAAACCUUGUUUGUUUGAAUGCUCAUCCACUUUUUGCCUGUUUGUACAGCAGUUUGUACUGAAACUAAGUUUACUACUUUUACAUCUUUAUACUUGCAUCAAAAGCUAGUCUGAUAUAUGUGGUAGACCUUGGCAGUGUAUUAUAUAUAAAUAAGAGUAAAACAGAGUCAAGAUUCUUUGUAUAGUUCAGUAUCACAUACUGUACAAUGUCUCCCAACUGUUAACAACCGAGCCCAAGUUUUCUUGGGACCAACUCACCCAAAACCUCAAAAGGCAUUUCAAAGAGGGGACACCCCACCUCCCUCUCCUCAGACAGGUGGGGGUUAAAUAAGAACCAUAGGUGGGAAAUUACAAAUUCACAUUAAGUUGUAAUAGUUAGAAAUGCCAAAUGCGACAAGGGGGUCAAAUGUUAAUAUAGUAAAUCCAAAAUCAAAAAGUCCAAGGAAUGGGUCCAGUUGAAAAUGUCCAAUAUCAAUGAUUGACAUACUUCCAUGUCCAAGAUUGUUGGUAUGUGAGGUUGGAGGACCAAGUAAAGAUGGAGGAGACCUAGUUCCAGUUUGUGCCUCAUGUAUAAGCAUUACAUUUGAGUCACUGUGGUAACCAUCCGUUUCUUUGUAAAAUAAUUACCCACAGAUGUCUAAAAAACCCAGGAGGUAAGACUCUAACCAUCUGGAUGAAAGAUUUCUUUUAGUCCUUGAGGCAGGCCUCUGGAUACUGAAGUUAUGAGGUUUGUUAUGGCUGAGAAAGACCAUAUAUUUAUAUGUUCGGGGAGACAAUAAAAAACGUUCCUAGUGUGAAUAAGGAAGCCAAUGCAGGGAGGCUACAAUUGGUUGAUUUUUGAGUGCUCAUAGCAUUGUACUGACUUGAAAGCUGGGAUUUUUCCAAUUAAACCAAAAAAAGCGCAUUAGAAUAAAUAUCUUUUUGAAACCACUUUUGACAGCCAGUAAACUGCACAGAGCACAGUGCAAUCACUACACUUAAUUUCAAUAUAGAGUUGAGUGUCAUCUGCAUAAGAGCAAAACUUCACGCUACAGCUACAAAGGAUUCCUCAGAACGGAAGAAUAUUGUGAAAAGUAUUGGACCAAGUACGGAGCCCUGAGGGUCACCAUACCUUACCUGAUGGAGAGAUGGACGAGUAUUUUUAAGCAAGACAAACUGAUCUAUAAAUUAGUAUUACUGGACCUAAAUCACAAAAGUGCAAGGUUAUAGACGAAAGACUUGAGGCCCUCCUGGUAUUACAUCCUUGACUCCAGUUUAGAAGAUCUGUAAAUAGUUGAACUACAUAUUAUUCUUAUAGACUACCAAAAAUUUUGACUGUUGAUUUAUGCUUGGUGAGUGUCUUCACAGGAUUCCACCACAGAGCUUCCCACAGAGUCUACCAAAAGUGUUAAGUGUGACAGGCAAGUCUGAUUUUUACUAAACAAACAAGAAAACUGUGUACAGUAUUGUAUGUGUUGCAAGGCUUGACUCAAUACAAAUACAUAACAGAUAUGAGCCUUUAUGGGAGAAAAGGGACAAAACUAAAUAAAUGUUUAUGCAAAGCC